AUGGCUGCUACAGGCACCGGCUACGCUUGUAAAACAAACUGCCCGGACUCGCAGAUGCACCGAGGAGGCGUGCUCGCCCUUGAGGCGCGGGCUUCACAAACGCCUAGGCAUGGAAAGAAGUCACUCUUGUUUUUCUGUGUUAUUUUUUUCUCCCUUAACGCCUGUAUCAAGGAAUCUUUGUCUAGGCUGUUCUUCAGUUGUGGACCUGUUCAGUCUGUGGAUAUCUGUGACAAGCCAGAAAUAGGAGAGAAAACAGAAACACUCAAGUCCAAAUUCUUCAACCUCAAAACCACAAAGGGUUUCCGAGUAGCAUACGUGGUGUUCAGGAGCCCAGCUGGUGUCCAGGCAGCCAAGGCCCUGUCGCAGGGAGGUCCUCUGCUGAUAUCAACAGAGAGUCAUCCUGUGAAAACGGGCAUCAGCAAGUGGAUUGCCAGCUACGCAGCUUCAGUGGUGGAUCGGGAAGAACUGAAAGCUGAGGUGGAUGCCUUCAUGCAAGACUAUGACAAACAGAUAGCAGAGGAAGAAGCUAAAGCAGCUGAGGAGGAGGGCGUUCCGGAUGAGGAGGGCUGGGUGAAGGUAACGCGGAAGGGCCGGAAGCCUGGCCUGCCCCGGACAGAGGCUGCCAACCUGCGUCUGCUGGAGAGGGAGAGGCGGAAAAGGGCCCGCAAAGAGCUGCUCAACUUCUAUGCCUGGCAGCAUCGUGAGACCAAGAGAGAGCACAUCGCCCAGCUGAGGAAGAAGUUUGAGGAGGACAAGCAGAGAAUCGCACUGAUGCGAGCCCAGCGCAAGUUUCGGCCGUACUAAGCUAUGCUGGACUGUUUCCUCAGAUGUUUGUGCUGGAGAGGGAGGAACAGGCAUGCGUGGACUUCAUGUGCCAAAGGGUUUCAAGGAACUGAGGCAGUUUCAGGUUGUCCCUGCCUUUGGGUCUGAGGUGGGAGAUCCAAGCACCUGCAACUGGAGGGGGAGUUGGCUUCACUCACACCGGCAUCUCCUGUUCUCCUGGCCAUGCCUGCGCUGCCAUUGUCCAGCCCUGAGGCACCACUUUCAGGAUGCACAGGCCAGAGGAGCUGGAGCAACAAACUGUUAUCUUCCUGCCAGCCAAGGUCUUCCUAAACCUUGGUGAGAGUCGGGAUUCAUGCAGCACAGCCUCUGCAGGGACAGGGAAUAACUGAAGAACUGUAAAUAAACUGCUGUGUUUCCAGAACA